AUGGACGAGGCACUUCGGGACCAAGACACCGCCGUCUCGGGAAAUUCCGCGCAGGCAGCUCAUGCCAACAGACACCCCAGGCGGACCGAGGACCGAGACAGAGAGACCCGGUCCGGAAGAGCAAGAGGAUUUCGAUGGUUUGGGCGGCUCAUCAGCUGGGAUGACUUGGAAGAUCAACCCCCUCGGGACGAGGCCGUGAUCCGCGAGCUGCAGAGCCAGGUCUGGAGUGCAGAAUCCCGGAUUUGCCGCCUGCAAAACGAGGUCCAAGAGGCACACGACGAAGCCCAGAAGGCACGUAGCCAAGUCCAACAGGCAUGGAGCCAACUCCGCGUCGAACAGGACACAAACCAGCGGCUCUGUCAAGCAGCCCAGUCGAUCCGAUCGGAGCGCGACAGCUUGAGCGUCAGCAUCGAGAAGCAGGAGGCACAGAUCCGCCAAGUCCAGGCCCUGGCAUUCGAGGGUAUCGGAGGCGACUCGUGGGCGGCGGGCGACGACGGCACGGUCCGAGCCGACCUGGAGAACCUGCACACCCGCUUGAAGAGCUGGGCGAAGAAGUACGCGGCCAACGACAUGAGCGAGGUACUCAAGGGGCUGGAUCCUGACGAGCACAUUUCCUUCAUCCAGCUCCUGGCCCCGGUCGUCCGACUCCGUGCUGGGACGCGAAACUCCAUGGAACAUCUCGAAUCGACAUCCAUGAAGAAGAAGUCGCCUGCUAUGUGCCUCCAGGGGCUGCUCGCGUACCAUGUGUACGCCAAAAUCAUCGGCCGGCCGUUUUUUGCUCUCGGUGACGCUGCCGAGACACUACAUAAUGUGUACAUGGCAAUCCAGCAAGGUGAGAUGAGAUAUCAUCAAAGGGGGGUCAACGAACGUGAGUCCCAUCUCUGGCGCUCCAAAACCCUCCGUCUCCUCUCCGCGCCGCCGUCCAACGCGCAGCCAUCCAACGUGCAUCCAGGGGACGGACGGCCCAGCUACAGCGCCGCUCAAAAGACAGUCUGCCGCAACUUGGCCAUCGACUUCUACACCAGCCCCGCCCAGCACCUCAUCAAGCCACCAACACAACCGGGCGGGGACGCACAAGAACAGGACAACGCAUGUUUAACUGACCUCGAAGCAAUCAGUCAACACGCAGGCGAGCUGUCCUCGCGGCUGUGGUCCCGGCAGACGGCGCUGCGCGUCAAGUCGCUGGCCGAGCUCAAGGACGAGCGGUUUGUGGCCCGUUCCGAGCUCAUGAAAGCGCACCUGCUGCAUCGGCUGUAUGAAGACGAUGACGAGUGUGACGGCUGGUUGGUCGGGGUUGUGACGCACCCGGCGGUCCUUGGAUUUGGGAGUGGCGAUGGGAGGGACUAUACCGCGCCGCGCGUGUGGAUGAAGGCCGAGGUGUGGCUGGCUAAGGAUAUUUGA